GCUCCUAAAUUAUUAAUAAAAUCAUUAAUUGGAUUCUUAUUAUGAAGCUUGUUAUAAUACUGUGAUAACGAUUUCUUUAGUCGAAAUGGUGAUUCAAAAGAACUGGAAUAAUAUUGAAGCGUCCCAUCAGACUUCUGCUACGGCGAAUUCUUCAAGUAGCUCAUGGAACUUCCCGGCACCCGCAAAAACAACAAUUACAGUACGAGUCAACGAUACCAACAAUAUGCAGAAACAACCUAUCACCCGCCAAAUUGCUAUAAAUACAUUAGCGGCCAUGCACAGAAGGUUCAGUUUGCCUGGACCAGUUCAACCACAUUCAAGACCCAUUGCUGAGUUUCGAGCAAGUGCAAACAAAUCUUUAGACAUGCUGCGCCAGACUAUACAAUCAGCUGUUACACGGGAGAUUGAUCAAGUUAUUAAAAAGUAUUUGGAAAAGUUUUUUGUUCCUGCUGUUAAUAACAUAAGGCUGAAUUUGGGGGAUGAGUCAGUAAGUGAAGAUCAGGUUCGAGCAGUAUGCCGUGCCAUGUUAGAUGCUACUCGCCUUCUGUACACUACUCCCCCUAGACCUGCACCAUCACCAUAUGAGACAAGUGACUCAGAGUCUAGUAACAGCACUGACUCCAAGUUUACAAAGCAUAUUCAUUUGCAGAGUCCAUCACAAAAUAAACGCAAAGAAACGGAAAAUGACAUUGAUUUAUGUAUAAAACGCAAGAAGGUAAAACAAGAAGAAAACAUAGAUAGUGCAUCUUCAUCACCUUUACCGUCGCCUGCCAUCAGAGAUCCUGAGAAGUGGAACCCGACAAGGCUAACUCAAGAUACAUUGUUUAUUAUGGGGUCUCACGCACACAAAGUUUUAGGGUUAGGUAACUCCCGCGGUCGUUUAUACACAAGACAUGCUGGUCUACUCAGAUAUCCUGCAGACAGUGCUGACAAAGAAUGGAUAGCAAGUCACAACUUGGUGAAUGCUGUUGGUGGAAAAACUUACAUAAUGGUUUUAGAAGACAUAGAGGAGCUUGCAAACAGUGAUGCAUACAGACACAAUUCAUUACCAAUGCUUGGAGAGCUAACAGGCUUUAAAGUGCCACCAUUCAUGUUGCGAAAAAUAAAAAGUUAUGUUCUGAAAAGAGCUUUAAGUGGCGAUGAAAGUCCUCAACCAUCUACCAGUGUUAUCCAUGAUGACAAAUUAACUUUAACUGAAGAUAUAAAGCUAGAACCUCUUGAUGACAAUUAUGAUACUAAUUUCAAUGCAAGUCAGUAUAUAAAUGGUGAUAACACACAAGAUUUUGCAGAGAUCAAAGAGCAUGCAGAUUUUGCUGAUAUUAAAGUUGAAGAUAUUGAUGAUAUAAAAAUGGAUGGUAUAAAAGUCGAAGAUUUGGAUGAAAUAAAAGUUGAAGGAAUCAAAGUAGAAGAUUUGGAUGUGAGUGAUAUCAAAGUUGAAAAUAUUGAUGACAUAAAUGUUGAAGCUAUCAAAGUUGAAGACAUAAAGUUAGAGAAUGAUGAUGCAUUUUCUUUAUGUAAACAGACUGAAGAUGAACAGAGUAACUUGGUUGAUGGGUUGCUUGAUGCGGACAUCGAGUUUUUAAGCAGAAACUUGGGCAACAUAGAGAGUGAUGCAGAUGCUAGGAAGACUAUUGAAAAGUUAACUGGGGCAAAUCCUGAUACUAUAACAUUAGUUGGUGAUGAAUUUGACUUGGGGACAACAUUGAACACUAAUAAUUUCUCAAGCAACCAAACGACUAAGUGCAUAACUGUGGCGUCCACUACAAGCGGAAUGAUACAUAGUGUGCCAGUUGCUCAUAUAGCAGCACCGCCACGUCUCACAGGCAGCACCCUGCACUACUACACCAGCCACACGGGCCACGGCAAUCACCCGGGUCACGUGACCCAUGCUAGCCCAACCGCCCCAUCGUCAGCAACACGAACCGUGCAUCAUUUACCGCAAGCCACUGUGACUAUACAAAGCAUUCCGGGUUCCACUUCGCAGAUGAUUCGCGGAAUACCAAUUAACACAAAAACUGGUACAUUCAGCACAGUGAUGUCCCAAGGGACAGCGAGUACGAUAAUUGGCUUCGGAACCAGAGCGUCCAACGCGACGAUUCUCGGCACACCACAGUAUGUUAAUGUCUCUUCUAAAUCUUUUCCCACUGGUAACAUACUGCAUAAUGCUAUUGUUUCCCGAAAUAUUCUUAACCGUACGAACUUGGCAGCAGUUACUUCUGGAGUGUCAUUCAAUGUAGCUGCAGUCAGACCCAUCUCUCAAACAAGUACUCCAAAGAUCAGUACAGUUGUAACAGCCAGUUCAAAUGACUUUGAUAAUAUAUCUACAACAAAGGAUAUGAUUGAUAAUGCUUGCAAUUCGUCUGUGAUGUUGAAAAAAGUCCUGACACUUGGUAGUGCAGGUGCAGCUAAAUCUUUCAUGAUGCAUAACACACAAAAGGUAUUGUCGACUGGAUUUGCAAAUGGCGUUACACCGCCACCCAACGUAACUAUAGUCAGUUCGGGUACUGGCGGAGGUUUGCAUAGCAAUGCCAAUGUUGGUCAUUCGACAUCCAACAUAAUGAGCCCAACAUCAGGUACAUUAAGUGCUACACACGCGACUUUAUCUGCGUUACUGGCGUCAAGUGAUGGAAGCGUUCAGCCGAGCAAUAAUUAAAUCAUAUACAAAAUCUUCAUCUUCAUAAUAUUUUGGCAAAAUGAAUGUUGAUCUCAUAAUUAGAUAAUUUUAAGACUACCCACAUUCACUAAACUCAUAAACCUAGUAUAUAUAUCAUAAUUUGAAUUUGAUGUCAUAGACUUAGAGUGUGCCAAAGUUUAAUUCUAAAAUAAUAAGACUUGAUGUUAUAGUUGAACUAAAUGAUGUACCUGCAAAUGUAAUCUUUUAUAUAUAUUUUAUUCAUAGAAAGAACUAUACUGCGUCCAGUUACUGAUAACACUUAAUUAUAUAUAAUAGUAAAAGGAUCUAUUAUGGUACUUAGUAUUUUUUGUACAUAGUGUGCAAAUAUUUACUAAUAUUAAUAAUUCUGUGUCAUUGUGUUAAAAAGAAGUUUUCUUUAAUAUAAUGAUGUACUGCUUAAUAUUCGAGGUAGUUGUGUAAAACGGUUUUUAAUAAGGACUAGAACAUUUAUUUAACAUUAAUAAUAAAAAGUGGUUGUGCAUGAUUUUACAAUAUUAUAAUAAGUAGUGACAGAUGGGUAGUGUUGCCACCUGAGUGAUUUAAUUUGGCACUCACUCAUUAAAAAAGUUAACACAUUGUCAGUAUUGAAGAAGUAGUUGUUACUGAAUUCCAAUCUGCGCUAGUAAAUACAAAAGUUUACACUUUAUCUAUGAGUGCGAGGUACUUAAACGUAUGUUUAUUGUGAUAAUGCGUUUUUGUUGAAAUGGAGGUACUAAAAAAGAUUUAUUCAUAUUUACUAUCAUAGGUAAGAUAUAGUUUGUAAAGUUUGACCCACAAUGAGAACUCUUCAUAAUGAUAG